GUUGGUGUUGCAGUCUUACGCGAUCCCUGCUCUUCCUGAUUUAAAUCAAUAGGUUCGCAUUGUUUGCAUCAGUUUGAAAAGCCAUUUCAUGGCGGGGCUAAGAGGCUCAAGUGGGCAGUUUAUAAUUUGAACAUUUUAAAUAGGCUAUGUAGGCUAUAUAUUACUGUCCCGCAUGUUCAUUGCAGGCUACAUUGCAGGCUAUGUAGGCAUAUAGGCUACAUUACUGUCCCGCAUGUUCAUUGCAUUGACGUUGGUCUCAGUAGCCUACUUCCUUAAAAGCGUCGAUACUUUGGGAGCUAUGUUGAGAGGUGAGCACAAGAGUUUGUCCUCCGCACACAGGGACAAAAGUGAAUUGUAGCUGUAUGGAACUCAGUGCAUGCUGUUGUGGCUACUCUCCGCGGUUAAAAGAUUAACAACGUGCUCGACACUCAACCUUAUAUAAAUGUAGAUCGGGUGCUGAAUCCUCGUAUGUAAUCCAAAGAACAAAAUCCUCCUCUCCGCCAUAUACAGGACAGACGCAAAACGGAUUCAAUUUAUCGUCGUCUCCUGUUUAAGAUUAUUUUCCAAACGGAAACCAUCUGUCGGGCUUCAGCAAUAAGCAAUUGGUUGGGUGUUCAGAGGCAUUACUAGAUCCAUUAUCUACCGCACCCUUCUCGUUCGUAAAUCCGACAGACUCAUGUCAGAGUUCGCUCCACGGUGAAGCAAGCCGCACCACAUGCCUUCAAUGCUUUCGGUUUUUGCAACCUUUCAGUGGAGUGAAUGAGAGAUCUCUUGCCGAGUCCAGAAGAACACGCGUCUGACAAUCAGAUAUUUUUUGUAACGGUAUUAAUACGAUAUAUCAAGAUUUGCACCGUCCGAAGAUCACUUAUUUUUUUCCUCUUUCCUGUGAUUUUUAACCUCCGCUACAGCCAGUCUGCGUUGGGACUUUUCUUUUAUUGUUUAAUAUGCCUCUGGUGAAAGUUCUGAGUUCUCCAACCAAGGGACUGCUCUACGGCUUUUACUGCACUGUACGGUAGAUGAAUGCGGAGAGUGGAAGCGUUGUAACUCGAGGCGGGGUUAAAGUUCAGCUCUAUGCAGCGGUGAAGCGUUCGUUGCAGUUCGCAGAGUUGGAAAUGUGAAAGCAAGAAGCAGGCUUUAUUUUUCUCUCUCCCUUCUCUCUGUCUCUCCUUUUUUUCCCUUUUCACACACGGACACGGCCACCACGCAUACACGAGCAGACACGGACACACACCCACACACAUAAACACGCAGACCCGUCACAGCAACCAAAACACACACACACACACACACACAAACACACAUACAUACACCCUCCAAAUCCAAGAUUAGAUACAACAGAUAUGUAUUCUCCACUAUGCCUAACACAGGAUGAAUUCCAUCCUUUCAUCGAAGCUCUGCUGCCACACGUGCGAGCGUUUGCCUACACAUGGUUCAACUUGCAGGCCCGCAAGAGAAAGUAUUUCAAGAAGCAUGAGAAGCGCAUGUCUAAGGAAGAGGAGCGUGAGGUCAAGGACGAGCUGCUCAGCGAGAAGCCUGAGGUCAAGCAGAAGUGGGCAUCACGCCUCUUGGCCAAGCUCCGCAAGGACAUCCGGCCAGAGUUCCGGGAGGAUUUUGUGCUCACCGUCACCGGGAAGAAGCCCCCGUGCUGUGUGCUGUCCAACCCCGACCAGAAGGGUAAGAUGAGGAGGAUCGACUGCCUGCGUCAGGCAGACAAAGUCUGGAGGUUGGACCUGGUCAUGGUCAUUUUAUUCAAAGGUAUUCCCCUCGAAAGUACUGAUGGGGAAAGGCUGGUAAAGUCCCCACAGUGCUCGAACCCAGGGCUGUGUGUGCAGCCUCAUCAUAUUGGAGUUUCUGUGAAGGAACUCGACCUCUACUUGGCCUACUUUGUUCACGCAGAUGGCCAGUCAGACAGUCCCAACCAGCAGAGUGAGUCUGAUAUCAAGGAGCAGCCUGAGAACGGACAUCUUGGCUUCCAAGACAGCUUUGUCACAUCAGGUGUCUUCAGUGUGGCUGAGCUCGUGCGAGUCUCACAGACCCCCAUCGCAGCUGGGACGGGUCCUAACUUCUCGCUGGCCGACCUGGACAGCUCCUCCUACUACAGCAUGAGCCCUGGGGCAAUGAGGCGACCCUUACCCAGCACCUCCUCCAGCAGCUCGGCCAAGAGGAUCAAGUGUAUGGAGGACGAGGUGGACAGUCCAGGAGAAGAGUCCUACUACCCAGGCCAAGGGCGCUCCCCGGGCAGCGGCAGCCAGGCCAGCAGCUGGCACGAAGUGGAAACAGCUGGAUAUAAACUGCGUGGCUCGCUAGCUAGUUCGUUCAUCUCAAGACAAGGGAUGCCACCGUCCACCACAUUAAAGAAGUCAGAGAAGUGUGGUUUCAGCAGCCCUGUCGUGCCUUCGCAGACCACUUCCUACUCCCCUCGAACGGCAUUCACACAUCAUCAUCAGCCUGUUAUUACAGGACCUAGAGCGAGUCCCCACGCCACGCCGUCAAGCCUCCACUUCCCCACGUCGCCCAUCAUCCAGCAGCCCAGCUCCUACUUCUCCCACCCGGCCAUCCGGUACCAUCCCCAGGAGAGCCUCAAGGAGUUUGUCCAGCUUGUCUGCCCCGACUCUGGCCAGCAGGGAGGACAGGUGGGCUUCCUUAACCCUAAUGGUAGCAGUCAGGGGAAGGUCCACAACCCAUUCCUGCCCACCCCAAUGCUGCCCCCUCCACCUCCGCCCCCCAUGGCACGCCCUGUGCCCCUGCCUGUGCCAGACUCCAAACCUCCUUCCACCUCCACCGAGGGAGGGGGCAACUCCCCCACCUCACCAACCUACUCCACACCGAGCACGUCCCCAGCCCAGCGCUUCAUCAGUGUGGGCCCCCGAGACCCCAGCUUUGUAAAUAUCCCUCAGCAGCCCCAGUGGUACCUGGGCUAGGGACUCCAGACCCCCUUGCAGCCCGCUGGACAGAUCGCUGGACAGCCCGCUGGACAGAUCGCUGGACAGCCCGCUGGACAGAUCGCUGGACAGCCCGCUGGACAGAUCGCUGGACCCCCUACUUUCUCCCCUGAGUGCGACCUAACCUGAAAACCUGCAAACGUGCUCACCUGUUUGACAGAGAGAAGCCCAACCCCUCAAAUCUGUCACUGCAUGGCUACAACAGACCACCCUGCCCUCGCCCAUCCCCCGAAAACAAGAGCAGAGCUACUGACUGCUUACACACGUACAUACUAUAUAUCUAUACAGCCCAUAUAUACCCUCAUUCAUAUGGUUCAUAUGUCUAUAUUCAUAUCUAGUACCAGUCCCCCCAGCUGUCUAUUGGAUGUGCUAGCUGGAGCUCUGAGAGAGAGCUAGCGUAUGUAUCCUGGAGAAGUACAUGUUGUGUUUCUUUAUUUUUCUAUUUCUUCUCGUCGUCCCCACUUUGCCGCAGAGGGGGGAAUCAUCACCUGACUAAAUAAAAGAGCUUCCCUCUACCUUUCGUUGCCGUAGCCGACCUGUGGAGAAGGUCCGGUAACCGAGGAAGGCCAGAGACCUGAGAGUCCCGUGUACAUGUGUGUAUAAAGCUCUGCUGGCGUCACACGUCCCGAAACGAGAGGAAGAUCAAAGCUCUUGUUUCUUUUGUUCUAUGGUUGUUACCGGACUCUGUUUUCGGUUCAGUGGCUCACGGAUGUAGAGGUUUUAGCUGGGUCAGAUACCAACCAGUUAAUACCUCUCAGUGGGCAGCCCCCCACCCUACCCCAAACCCACCCUGAGGAGGGACACUCCCCCACAGCCAGGAGGCUGAAGGUCUGAAGGUCUUCACCCCACCACGGGGCUUUUCCAGGGACAUCAGUGCAACUGAAAGACCAUGCAGAGGAGAACAACCAACCACCACACUAUGAACUCACAGGGGACCAGAGAGGGGACGGGGUAUUCAUGUUUAAUAUCAGUCAAUCAGGUGACAUAUUGAAACUGGUUUAAAGCCUGCAACAAGGAGAGAAGUAUUUCAACGAGAGGCUUGUGAGAGAACUUCUGACUGGGAGGCUUGUUCAUGUUACAUUUUUGUAUAGAGGUAAUUUCAGUUCAAACUAACGGUUUUACAAUGCUAUACAAUGCAAAAGGUCGAAGCUCUAUAAUUCUACAAACUGACUGGAGACAUCUAUGACUAUCGUGAACAGUGGAAUAUUGAAUUGAGGACAGUGCAAUUUCGUUGGAUAGUGGUUGGAUAAUUAAAUAUCUUUGUAGGAUAUGUCGUUAAAAUAGUUGAAAAUCAUAUAUUUUUCUUCCUAGUCCAUUCACACCGCUAAAAUAUCGGGGUAAAAAAAAAGUCAACUAGCACGAUGGUCUGGUGAGAAAAUAAGAGAAGAUGCAUUGAGCUUUUGUUGUCUUUUAUUUGUUUGUUUGUUCAUCUUGUAAAUUUGCUAGUAUUGUAGAAUGUAAAAAAUUUAAAUCCUUUUUAGAAAUAUUGUAAUUUUAAACAAUCAAUUUUAAAGCAUUUCUUGCAGCUUUGAAUCUAGUCUGCUAUUAAUUUUAAAAAAGCAAAGUGAUUAACUUAUUUUAAGAAGGCACUUGAUUUUAAAAGAAAAAAUGAGCGGUUGAAAUUUCUCAUGAGGCAAAAUCAGGAACAUACAAUGUGAGCAAAUAUCCAAAACAUAAAUCUCCACUUUCGGUUGAAAAGAUAAUCUAAUACUGGGCAUCCAAGUUCUGGUUUGCCUGUUUAAGUGGCUAGGCCUUCUCUAAGCCUUGUCCAAUCAGAAGCACUUGUUCCUGCAGUUGGUUUAUGGGCUGGGAGUCUAAUAAGAAGAUUGUAGUUGAGUGAGAAAGAGUGACCAUUUGUUUUGAAAACACGUUGAUAUCUACAUCAAGGCAAGAUUACAACCAGACGGCGAAGCUUUUCAGUUGCUUCCCAUGCAACUUACCAUUUUAUUGAAGUUUAGUUUUGUUUUUCUUUCCUAUACUAUACAUACAUAUAUAUAUAUAUAUAUAUAUAUAUAUAUAUAUACACAGU